CUUAGCGUAGCCAUGUUACAUCCUAAACGUAUCCUAUCAUUUUUACUAUUGUGUUGUGUUUGUGGCAUCCUCUGUAAACCUACUGAUCAUGACGUAACACGGGGCCGGGGAAUUAGUUCUACUAUAUGGGGCUGGAUAACAUACCCUUUCUCGUGGUGGAGUUCCGAAGAAGUGAAACCCCCCAUUAAUGAUAUGCUCAUUGGUUCACCUACAUUGAUACCUCCUAACAGUGUGGAGAUUAGCACCCACAAUGUAACGGUGUGGUGCAACGACCAACUGUGUACAACUAAGAGAUGUUUUAGUAUUGGGUGUAAAUAUACUAUUUGUAAUAUAUACGAUACUGACUUAAACGGUGAAUGUCGGGAAUAUAUCACAAAACUACCAGAUACGACUUCCUCAAAACCUAUCGAAGCUGCUUCUACAGUGACAACUCACACUGAAACCUCAGAAGCAACUAAUCCGUCGUCGUUGGGAACGUCUACUACAACAUCAAUUCCCACUAUCAGUCAAAUACUAGAUGAACGUCCUUUAGCACUCGAAGCCGCAAUAUCAUCUACUGUGAUCGAUAGCGAUAAACAAAACUCCACCAAAGCUGCUAAAAUUAAAUCUUAUAACGACAAGGUGUGAGCACUACUGAACCAGAACCUGAGUCAUCUGUAUUGCAUGAGACAAACAUUUUUAUAUCAAACUAUAUUCAAUCAAUGAUGGAAGACUAUGCAACCACGUUGACAAACAAACUAAUAGAACAUCUUAACAUCGACUCGUUCUGUGUUAAAGGCAUUUGUUAUUAUACUGUAUGUGAAACUGACAAUUGCAAAUUACGCCACUGCAAAUACUAUUUAUUAACGAAGCAAGAGAUUUGUACUAUUAAAAUAUCAAAUUCCAUAAAAGUGAUGCCAAACAGAAAUAAAAUCCUAAGUGUUAAUCAAAAGAACCAAGAAAAUUAUGAAUUAGAAAUUAUAAAUAAAAUACUAAAUAAAUAAUCGGAAAUCAUUUAUUUAACUUAAUUUUUCUACCAGCGAAUAAGAUGGACCAAAAUGUAUGUUUUAAAAUUACAACAUGUUUACUUAACUUAUGUUGAUGAUAAGAAAGUAGAAUUCUAGUAGCAUAGUUUGUUUAAAUGAACACGCCAUAUACGUACCUAAUAGUUAGUAAAUAAUUUAACUAAAUUACAUUGAACUACUACUAUAAAUGCAAUAGUUAAAUGUUUGUUGCCAUUUCACGCAGAAAGUACUGAAAUUAUAUAAUGUAAAAUAUUGUAUAAAUUGGAUGAAAUAUAAUUAUGAAUGUGAAAAACCAAGGCAAGGUUCAAAGCAUUGAUUGAUUUCCAGCCCUUCUCGAUCAAUUAGGUCAUCGCCCUACUUAGCUACAUUUACCAAUUCGCGGUCUAACACCAUUUGCCUUUCAAGAGCGAACC